AUGUCUUCAACUGCCCAAUCAACUUUAUCGGCUGAAACACCAAAUACGAAGAGUAUCGAUGAAUUCGAUACGAUCAUAGCGGGCCUCAAAGUACACAAAGUUAACACCAGCGCAUUUAGAAGAAGUUUAACUUGUGCGUAUGAUCCUCGUCAGAGUUCUAUGGCCAUAGGAAGCUCGGGAGUCUCUGUUAUUUCCUUGAGAAUACAAACACUUUUUAUAAGUGACUGGUUUGACGUUAGUGUGAAUGGAACAAGUCCCAUUCUGAUUCCCCACUUUUUGAACGAGAUACCUGCGAAGGUUGACUUGCAAGUUCAGGUGGUACAUGGAGGUAAACCAUACAUAUUUCCUGGUAUUGGAUCGACACAGCGAGAUGAUGACAUAGCCGCGGAAUAUGGGGGUGUUGCAUUCCUAUACAAUACGCAGCACUUGAAAGUGUUUGUUUCGGUUGCAAAAGAACACACGCGCGGUUAUGGACGAAUUAUUACCACAGGUGGUGGGUCAUACAGCGGUCCAUUUUCAAGUAUGUUUGUCACUGGUAAGGUCCGAACAAGAGUUUGGAGAUUGCCUGAACUACCCACUCCAAUUUUUUCCAUCACAUCUGGAUUAUCAAUAUCCACAGAUUUUCCCUAUCAACAUUUGACGGUUUGUUUUGGAACUUACCCGGAUCUAGUGACUGUACAGUUAGUAUUUAAUGACGGCUACGUCACAGAGGGAACAGGUGUAACUCCCGUGACAGCUGAUGACACAGGUACAAAUAACAUAUGUGGGGUCGUGUUUGGAGUCACUCAAACCUCAAUCACACUCUGGGCUCCGAGUAAAAAUGAGGACAUGGUAGCUUGUUUCUGUGAUGGUUGGGGUAGUGAAAACUUACGAUAA